AUGAACCCGACUCCUCCGCCUGACGCGUCCUCCAGGCACCCCUCGCUCUCUUCGGAGGCUUCGGGACACAGUCAGGCGCAGCAAUACGCACCGCUCGCCGCGCCUGGCGGCAUUGCGCCGGGCAUGGUGGCAACAGAGCCGUCACCGCCUUACUCGCACACCCCACCUCCUGGACAUCCGUUCAUGCAAAGCCCCAUUGACGCUCCUCCCGCUCAGGUGCAGCAGCACCCACAAGCGCAGUACUAUGCGCCUUUUCGGCCGAUCAGCCUCACGAGCGGGGGACGCGUCGCUGCAAGAGUGUUGCAGCGAGCCCAGCACGCCGCUCAGAAUGCUCAGAAUCCUCAGAAUCCUCAGCAACCUCCACAACCUCAGCAACCUCAGCAGCAACAGCAGCAGUCUCAGUACUCUCAGUACGCUCAGCACUACCAUCAUCCCCAGCCCCAGCAAAACCCCCCGCCCCCUCAGCAAGCGCAUGUGGUACAGCCGCCCCAGCAACAUGCUGUCCAAUACUUGCCUCCACAGCAGGGAGGCGUUCAUAACGGGCCACAGCCAACACCCGGGGCGGAGUCCCACCGUCUGUCAACGCAAACGAGUGGUCCGCGCGGACGCCCAUCGCUCCCCAUACUUCCACAAGGCCAGCAGACCCCUCCUGGGCCGAUCGCACGGGCCAUGUCACCAGCUUCAAACCAGCCUCACCAAGAUUCGCCUCCUCAACCUCUUCAGCCCCAGUCCCCGGUCGCUUCGCCAACAAGCGAGCCCAACGGCCAACCUGCUGCGCCCACCCACUCGAUGACGCCCCCCGCGGCUCUCCAGCAACCUCAGCAAGGCCAGGACCCACUCACUCGCGCCCAAUACAGUCCGCAGCCGCUCUCACCGCAGCAGCAGCACUUUGUCCCGCGCCCUCCGUCGGCGCUGUACGCUCAAUUCAAACUCCAGACCCAACAGCAGGCCAGCCAGCAGGCCAGCCAGCACGCUCCUCUCCCAGCACUACCAGAAGGGGCAGAACCCAACGGCGCGGCCCCUUCGUCCCGUCUGGCUCACCCCGCGUUCACCCCUCAGCUCCCUUCCACGCUCUAUGCGUCGCAACCAGCGACCCCAGCAGCCCCAACGCCCCAUGCGCCCCCGCAAGAGGACCGGCCGCCCUCGCCUGCGAAACCUUACCCGUAUCCCAUGUCUCCAUACCUCCGCGACCGGCCAGUUCGUGAAGAGACAGACGUGGACCUUCCUGGGGUGACGAUGCACUUUGAAUUCUCGCAUGAUGGGGACGUCGUGCUCGUGUGCCCCGAAGGACCCACAAGUACGGGGUUCAUGGUGCGGCGCUCGGCUCUGUCGCGCGUGAGUCCCGUCUUCGCCACUUUGCUAUCCAACCUCGAGCCUACUCGUGUGCCUACACUCGCUCUAGCCGACUCGGGGACAGACAUGGCGCUCUUUCUUCAUGCGCUCGUCUACGGUGCGGUGGGAGCGCCCCACUCGCGACGCACCCCGCCCACCGUGGCUGAGUAUCUGAUCUUGCACCACCUCUAUACAAAGUACGCGGUGCGGCCGUUCCUGCUGGCAAUGCUGCGUCACCGCAUAGCUGAGCGGGGGCACGAGUUGGCUGCGCCGCUCGCGAACCAGCGCCCAGUGCGCAGCGAGAUCACAGGCUACCUCCGCCUCGCGGCGGCAUGCUGCUCGCCGCGCCUGUGGAACUGCGCGCUCAAGUACGCGCGGACAUGGCAGUACUUUGUGUCGCCGUGGAGUAUGGGGGAGCGCGACAUUGCCGAGGUGGGCGAGGACGCGUACGCCGUGAUCCUCGCGCUGGAAGGGCUGCGCCACGCAUCGGGGGAGAAUACGUGGACCGACCUCCGGGUGCUGUACAAGGGCAGAACGGCGGGGGUGGCGCGCGCGAACGACGAGACGGUGUUCUGGAUCGAGGAUGUGGGCUCGCAAGGUCACGCCGAUUAG